UUCGGUCGGUUCGGUUCAUAACACUAAUAACACACACGAAACACACACAACUGGAACACACAAAAUGGAUCAAAAAGGGGAAUUUAAACAGGAUCGCAGAGCAGACAGCAAGAAUGAAGAGCCGCACUUGACGCCCCAACUGAAGGAGCACUAUGAGAAGGAGGCAGAAAUUCUGAGACUGCUCUUGAAUCUGGAGACCCGCUUUCGGGAACACUAUAAAUUGUUUUUAUGCGAAAUGAAGGCCCAGCGGAUACUAAUCGAACGGAUAUGGCUGCUGACCCAGCGGUAUCUGAUCCUCAUCAGCUCGGAACAGGGCUGUCGAUAUCCGGAGGUCUACACCUUGUCGACCGAGGAGGCCAUCGUAAAUGAGUACGAGGAGAAGCUGGAAGUUAUCCGCGCCUCCAACAAUAAAAUAAAGAUUGCCUUGAUGGAGAUAUUGGAAGAGUGCAAGGAGUUCUACGCCGUCUACGACACUCUUGACAAGACCCAGGCAACGCCUUUUAUCUUGGGUGACAAUCACCACCGAAACAUUCAGCACCACAAGAUAAUGGUCGUUGACAUCUUCAACUACUUCCACGCCAUGGUGCUAAAGUUGAAGUGCUACAUGCAUCAGCUGGAUCCUGUCAACCUGGAGAGCGUCGAGGACUACCGGGACGUACUUCAAUCCCAGGCCAUGUGCGAGGAGUUCGACGAGUAUCUGAAUACGCGCUUUGUGUACUGCAAGUGCCUGCUGCCGAAGCAAACCUGCCCCAUUUUGAAACUGAAGUGUUCACACCAAAACCUUAAAAAUUUAAAGUAUGUUAGUCGAAUCUAGUCAGACUCUAGCAAGUAUUGGUCUACAAAAAUAAACAGAAGCCCCUCUGCGGUAACACCAUUUUUACUAA